AUGGACAGACUGACAGCAGAGCCAGUCCCCAAAGUCAUCCAGGACAACAUCAAGCAUCUCGCCGACCUGCCCGUGAGCGACGAUGAGGCCGAGACGAAAUUCGCAAGCGAGCGACUCAUCCGGCUCAAGACGGACUUCAGACUGUGCACCAUAGCCGGCAUCCUCUGCAGCCUCAACCUGCUAGACUCGGGCGUCAUCUCGAGCGCAUCCGUCACUUCGAUGCUGUCGGACCUCGGACUCGACCAUGGGAACCGCUACUCGGUGUCAAUCUUCAUCUUCACAAUCGCCCAGAUCGCCUUCCAGCUCCCCUCGACCAUUGCCGUCCGCACGUUUGGCCCGCGCAGAUGGUUCGCCUUCGUCACGUUCUGCUUCGGCCUCGUCACGCUUUGCACGGCUUUUGUGACGAACUGGAAACAGAUGAUCGUGCUCCGCAUCCUGCUGGGCAUGUCCAUGUCGAGCAUCUAUCCGGGCCUGACGUACCUGAUCUCGACCUGGUACACCCGCAAAGAGCAGCAGCUCCGCUUCGCCUUUCUCCAGAGCGGCGAGGUCAUCAUCCUCGGCACCGGGAGCAUCGUCAACUUCGGCCUGAACCAGCUGAACGGCCGAGGCGGACUCAAGGGCUGGCAAUGGAUGUUUCUCGUCCAGGGCCUGAUCACCUGUGUCAUCGGCUGCGUCACGUAUUGGUGGAUGAUCGACUUCCCGGAGAAUGCAAAGGACAGCUUCUGGUUCCUCACCGAAGAGGAGAGCAUCGUGGCCGCCGCCCGGAUUGAGCGCGAUCGCGGCGAUGCCAUCAUCGAGCGCUUGUCCGUCCGGGGGGUGUUGAUCCAUGCCAAGGAUCCCAAACUCUACGGCUUCUGCGUCAUGUUCUUUCUCCUCAAUCUCGUCUCGACCUCGCUCUCGUACUUCCUGCCCAUCAUCCUCCAGUCCGGCAUGGGCUUCUCGUCCAAUCGUGCCAUCCUGCUGAGCGCGCCGCCAUACUACUAUGCCGUCGUCCCUGCCAUAAUAUCAAGCUGGAUCGGAGACAAGUUCCAGAUCCGUGGUCCGAUCAUCACAUUCAAUGCACUGUCGUUGAUCGCCGGGUUCGUGAUGCUCGGCUUCAGCAACCAGGUGACAGUCCGCUACGUCGGCACCUUUCUGGCUACAGGCGCAUAUGUCGCAAAUUGGGCUGCCCUGAACGCAUAUCUAGCCAACAACAUCACCGGACAAUGGAAACGCGUCUUCACAGCUGCCUCUGUCACAAUGUGCAAUGGCGCAGGAGGUAUCGCCGGCAGCUUCAUCGUACGACAACCCGAAGCACCGCAAUACAUGACCGCUGUCUGGGUAUCCAUCGGCUCCCAUAUCCUGAUCAUCGCCUGCGUGGCAGCGUUUACAUGCUAUUUCUUCGUUGCUAACAGGGCGCAAAGGAAGGGCCUGCGCACUAUCGAAAGAACUCAAGGCUUCCGCUAUACAUACUGA